AUGACGGUUUCUCCUCGUAAUCAUUUUCUAUUUACACCAUUAUUACCGUCAACAACCGUUGGCACAUUAGAAUUUCGUUGUAUUAUUGAACCAGUUCGUGUAUUAAAACAUCUUCAUUAUUAUCAAGCAUCGUGUAUUGAAAUUAAUACAAAAUCAAAUGAAAUAUCGUGUCUCGAUUUUUUUAAUCCUGAAAAACAAUUUUCUUUGCCCUAUGAUUAUCUUGUCUGCUCUGUAGGAGCAAAAUCAAAUACAUUCAAUAUUCCUGGUGUUGAUAAACAUGCAUUUAUGUUAAAACAAUUGUCAGAUGCCAGAGCUAUACGAAAUCGGUUAAUGGAAUGUUUUGAACGUGCAUCAAAUCGAUUUAUAUCCGAUGAAGAAAGACAAGCAUUAACAACAUUCGUUAUUGUUGGAGGAGUUGAAUUUUCUGGUGAAUUGUAUGACUUUAUGCGUGAAGAUGUAGCAAAAUGGUUUCCAGAUGUGAAAACAAAAAUUAUCUUAAUCGAAAGUACUGAUCAUAUUCUCGGUUCAUUUGAUCAUAAUUUGUCUGAUUAUGCUAUGCAAACUCUCCUAUCACGUUCUGAAAUUAAAUUAAUGACAAAUACUUUCGUUAAAGAAGUAACAUCAAAUGAAGUUGUAUUGGGUAACAACGAAACGAUACCAUGUGGCAUUUGUGUAUGGUCAACAGGUCUCAGCCCGACCGAUUUAACGUCACAAUUACCAUUUUAUAAAGAAAAACGUUCUGGACGUAUUUAUACAAAUGAUUAUCUACAAGUAUUAUCAUCAAAUGAGCAAAGUCCAAUUCCCAAUAUAUUUGCUGUUGGAGACUGUGCAACGCCUUUUCAUCAAUCAUUGCCAGCUACUGCUCAAGUUGCUGCACAAGCAUCAAAAUAUUUGGCAACAAGAUUUAACAAAACUCGUUUAGAUCUUAUACAGGAUUCAAAAGAUGCAUUUCAUUUUAAAAAUUUGGGCAUGCUAGCAUAUCUUGGUGGAUGGAGUGGUCUUGCCGAUUUAAAAUCAAUAAAAAAAUCUGGUUUUCUCUCAUGGUUACUGUGGAGAUCCGUAUAUUUAACACGUUUAGUUAGUUUAAAAAAUCGAAUACUUGUAGCGAUUUUUGUUCAAAGUGCUCCAAAUUUUAUUAUUCGAGCAUUAUACCAACAACUCAAUGUUGAACAACGGUUAAUUGUUGAUAAACAUACCAGCAGCAGUAGUACUAGACUAAAAAAACAACAACAACAACAAUCUGUGCCUGACACUGAACCAAUUAUUCGUUCCUAUAUCUUAACAGAAACAUAUAAUCGUUCAAUACCAUUUAUUCGCGUUCUGAUAGCUUCUACUCAACCUCAUUUACAUCAGAUAAAACCAUUUUGUGCCGUUGUGAGUGCAGUGAAUGACCAUCACUUUUAUGGAAUAAGUUCAUGUUAUAUUCAACCAAAAUUAGGUUAUUGUCUCGUUACAUUACCGACUAUGAAAACAAAUUGGAAUUCAAAUUAUACAAAAACUAUGCAACUCUACUUGAAACUUCAUCAUGUGACAUAUCAAAAUGAAUGUUUAUCUGAUCAUACUCCAAAACAAGAACAUUUUCAUUCUGAACAACGUAUUGGUCAAGUUGAGUAUCUGACGGACAAUAUUGUUUAUGAUACACUCACCACACACUUAUCAUUAAUUACAAUUGAUUAUCCAACAGGAUUAUUUUAUCCAAAUUGGCUAUUCGAUUUAAAAAUAAAAUUAAAAUUCAACAAAUCUUUAAAAUUUCUAACUAUAAGAUGUCAUGUUCCUGGUGAAUUUUCCAUUCAAUCUAUUCAAACGUCAAUCCUAACACUAUCAAGUUAUUAUUUAAAUAUUACUCAUGAGCCAAUAAGUCGUUCGAUGCGUGAAAUUAAUUUUAAUAUUACGAUAACACAAACAUUUGACUCAGACGAAAAUGAUCAACUCCUAGUUGAUUUAGCCACCGUUGAAUUUUUAAUUGAUCAAAAUCUCUAUCAAUCGCAUAAUAAUUCUGUAUUUUACCUACCAAUUGAUUGGUUUGUCAUUUUGCCAUCAUCUACAAAUGAUUUGUUAUUAAAUGAAACUCAAGAUGAUGUACCGAUACUUCGUGUACCCAUACAAAUACAAAUUGAUGAUAUACAAACGAUCAUCGCUGUCACAGAUACCACAUUGGCAUUCAAUACCGCUGUAUUAUCAUCAACAACCGUCCAAUAUCCAUUACGAAUAUUGAGUAUGAAUUAUUCAGGUUUUAUUGAAGAUCAAAUUCAAGCUAUAUGUUACACAGAUUCUCCACAUCUCCAAGUUGAUCGAUAUUGUACAAAUUAUUAUUUUUCUGGUCAUGAAAGAGGUUGGAGUGGCACGAGUACUAGUUCAAAAAUUAUCUAUAAAUACGGAAAAUAUUUAAAAUAUUUGGAUAUUCGUGUCUAUAUGCCAGAUAAACCGUUACGAUUAGAAUUAAGUGAUCAAGUUCUAAGUAGAAUACAUGGAUGGUUUGUGAAAGAUAGAGGAUUAAAUUUGAAAGAACAUCAGUAUAAAGUAGGAAACCAACAGCAUCAAAUCAAAACUACAUAUAACAAUAUUGAUGUUAGCGACGAUGAUGAUGAGAAUACACGAUGUUAUGCCGUUUAUCAGCAAGCAAUGAUCGAUGUUUACACAAAAUUUUAUACAGUGAAUGAAGGUACGUUCAAAUAUGAAGCCAAUGAAAGAGACUUUGCUGAGACGCUGCGUAUUCUUUUAUUCCAUUUAGCUGGUGAACGUGUGUACCUUUUCAAUGAUUUGGAUGUCUUGGUAACAUCAUUUGUUCGUCUUUACAUGGAAACAGAUGAUAAUCAAAUUGCCAUGAUUAAAGAUGGAAAAGUGGUUGGUAUUGGACCAGGAAAGACAAAUGUUAAAGUAUAUUCAUUGUCGAAUAAACUCCUAUUGGGUUCAUGUGCAGUGAUCGUUGAUAAUUCUGAUCUUAUUCAAAUAAAAAGUGUAUCAUUUAACGUUGUUACAGGAAUUGAUUUACAAAUUAAUUUAGUUGAACAAAUAUCACCUCAUACAUAUCGUGUACAAGCAAAAGCGAUACUUAAUCGACUUAUCGAUGACAGCGAUAAAUUUGGUCAUUUGCAUAUUGUUUUGAAUUAUUCUGACAAUACUUCAAUUCCGUUAGAUCUCAUAUCUCGCAAUCAAUAUGAACUCGACGUAUUUCUUACUAGUGAUCCAUCUCAAUUGCGUCCAAUAUUACGUGUUGAACAAUCACUUGAUUCUAAUUGGCAACAUUUACGUAUUCGUCCAUUAGCUAUCGGUCAUACUUAUUUAUUAGGUAAAAUUAAAUUUGGAAAUGAACAAUGUACAGAUAUGAAUGCUCUUAUUCAACGAGAUUUAUCAUGUGAAAUUAUUGUCUCAUCAAUGAAUAGUAAAUCUCGACAAAAAGAUGAUCCAACAUCUGGUAGUUUAAAACAAAGAACACAAAUAGUAGCUAAAACACAAUAUCAAGAAAAUGAAUAUGUUUUAAUGAAAGAUGAUAAUAAUAAAAAACAACAAAAAACACAACGAUUUAUAUUUGGUAUUACAGCUGUACAAUUUUCAUUAUAUAUUUUAUUUGGAAUAUUUAUUCUAUUAUUAGCUGGUCUUACAUUUCAUUUUUUUGUCUAUAUUAGACAUAAUCAAAAACGACGUAGAAAUAGUACAACAGGUCAACGUCGAGCUCAAAGUGGCGCUGAAGAUGUUAAUAAUGAUUGGAUAUUUUUAGAUAAAAAUUCUCUAGAAUUACCUGAAAGACAUCGUCCAACACCAAAUUUUAUUCAAUCAACAUCACCUGAACUUAAUCUAAUAAAUAAUCCACUUGAAAAUAGAACAUCAUAUCCAUCAUUAAAAUAUCCUACAAAUUCAAAUUCAUGGCCAUCAUCGAAUAAUAAUGUAAAAGAAUAUGAUAAUGAUGACGAUCAUCACGAAUAUUAUAGUAGACCAAAGAAAAUGAAUAAAAUGAAUAAUUAUUAUGAUCGACUCGCAUCAUAUCCUUCUCCAUGGUUAACACACGGGAUGACAUAUGAAGAAACGAUCAAUUAUUUUGAUAAUUUAAAAGAAUCUCAUGCAUAA